CUAUACUAUAGGCGGGAUCUCAUUCUCGUGCACCUUCACCCCCUGCUGUCGGCCGUCAACGCACUGUUUGCAUGCUUCGCCUUCCCCUCCCCGCGCUCAAGCCCGCCAGCCGCCGACGUGAUCCAAUCAAGGCGGGGCUGAGUCAUCCUCGACCCAUCCGGGAGCACUUCUCGUCCCAGCCCUCCAUCCCGUCUCCAUCCGACGCCCGCCCACGGCUCUCAGCCCGUUUUCCAAUCAUCUUCCCUCGCAGUCGCAGACGGAGAGAGCUGCCGGAAAUAUAUUAAACCUAAACCCCGAUCAGAGCAUCACCAUUAAACUAAGCGCAUGAAACGCAACCAUCACAGUAGAAAGAUAAGCAAAGCAACCCUCUCAUGCGGGUAGGGAUUCCUUCCAGCUCUCAUCAGCCAUCUGCACACGCCUACCGCGCCCGCCAUUUAUAAGCCCCUCGUCCACUCUCUUUCUCUGUCUUCGCCUCGCCGCUCCGCCAUCGUACGCACGCCAUCCCCACUAAACCAGCCGUUUCUGUAGGUGUUAGUUAUACCACGCUCGGCAGCUGCUGUUCCAACUCCAAUGGCCAUGCCCAACCCACGGGCGGUGUUGACCUCCGCGCCGUCACCGCCCGCCGCCUGCUCCUCCUCCUGGUCGGCGGCGGCGGAGUUCAUGGCGCCGGCAACGCCUCCGUCGCCGUCCGACGGGGAGCUGCUGCGCUCGCUGCACCGCCUGGCGCGGGACCUGUCCGCGACGGCCGCAGAGACGCCGGCCCCGUUCCUGCGCGCCGCGCUCGCGUCCAUCACCAGGCGGUCCAGGCUCCUGGCCGCCGCGUUCGACGACCUCGUCCUGUGCGCCGCGGCGGCCGAGGAGGGCAUGCCCCGGUCCGCGUCGCUGUGCCUCCGCGAGGUGCUCCUCGUGCUGCAGCGGUUCAAGGCGUUGGCCGCCGACUGCGCCGCGCGGAGCCGGAUGCGGCUGCUGCUGCAGUCGGACGAGAUCGAGGAGGAGGUCAGGGAGCUGCACCAGGAAAUGGCCACGCUGCUCGACCUCCUGCCGGGCGUCGAGCUGGGCCUCGCCGAGGACGUCAUGGACCUACUCGACCUCGCGUCGCGCCAGUGCCGGCGGUUCGCGCCGUCUGUGUCGGUCCAGGCCGAGCAGGCUCUCAAGGCCAGAGUGCUCUCGCUGAUACAGGAGAUUGAGCGGGAGAUCGUGCCGGAGCGGGAGAGGCUGCGGGAGAUCCUGGAGGAGGUGGGCAUCAACGACUCGGCGACCUGCGGCGAAGAGAUCGAGAGCCUCGAGCGGGAGAUCGGUGAAAACCGCGCCUCGGAGAGGUGGACGGACGCCAUGAUCGCGCUCGUCGGCCUGCUGCGGUACGCCAAGUGCGUCCUGUUCAGCGCCACGCCCCGGCCUUCUUCGGAUUCCAAGCCGGACCCCGAGGUCGACGAGGAAGGGGAGCCUCCGGCGCCGCCGCCGGACUUCCGCUGCCCCAUCACCCUCGAUAUCAUGCGCGAGCCCGUCGUCGUCGCCAGCGGGCAGACGUACGACCGGGAGUCCAUCUUCCGGUGGUUCGACUCCGGCAAGUCAACGUGCCCCAAGACAGGGCAGGUGCUUACCGUUCUGGAGCUCGUGCCCAACAAGGCGCUCAAGAACCUCAUCGCCAAGUGGUGCCGGGAGAACGGCGUCGCCAUGGAGAGCAGCGAGGCGAGCAAGAGCGAGCCUGCGCAGGCGGUGGCCGCGAACAAGGCCGCGCUGGAGGCGGCGCGCAUGACGGCGUCGUUCCUCGUGAAGAAGCUCGCCAUCUGUUUCUCCCCUGACGCGGCCAACCGCGUGGUGCACGAGAUCCGGCUGCUGUCCAAGACCGGCGCCGACAGCCGCGCGUUCGUCGGUGAGGCCGGAGCCGUGCCGCUGCUGGUGCCCCUGCUCUACUCCGAGGACGCCGGGCUGCAGCUGAACGCCGUCACGGCGCUGCUCAACCUCUCCAUCCUCGAGGCCAACAAGAAGCGCAUCAUGCACGCCGAGGGCGCCGUGGAGGCGGUCGCCCACAUCCUGAGCUCCGGCGCGACGUGGCGCGCCAAGGAGAAUGCGGCGGCCGCCGUGCUCAGCCUGGCGUCCGUCCACACCUACCGGCGCCGCCUCGGCCGGAACCUGUCCAUCGUGGAGAAGCUCGUGCACCUGGUCCGCACCGGCCCGACGAGCACCAAGAAAGACGCGCUGGCCGCGCUGCUGUCGCUGGCGGGCGAGAGGGAGAACGUGGGAAAGCUCGUGGACGCCGGCGUCGCGCAGGCGGCGCUGUCCGCGAUCAGCGAGGAGGAGACCGCGGCCGCGGUGCUGGCCGCGCUGGCGAAGCGCGGCGGCGCGGAGGCGAUCGUGGGCAUCGACGGCGCCGUGGCGCGUCUUGUGGCCGAGAUGCGGCGCGGCACGGAGUGGGGCCGGGAGAACGCGACGGCGGCGCUGGUGCUCCUGUGCCGGCGGCUGGGCGCGCGCGCGGUGACGCAGGUGAUGGCCGUGCCCGGCGUGGAGUGGGCCAUCUGGGAGCUGAUGGGCACCGGCACGGACCGCGCACGCCGCAAGGCCGCGUCGCUCGGCAGGAUAUGCCGCCGGUGGGCCGCCGCCUCGGCCGCCGACGGCGAGCGGGGCAGCGUGUGCCCGGCCGCCAGCACCGUCGUGCCUCCGGCCAUGAUGGCGUCGUAAUCAAGGCUAGCCAAGGGCAAUGCCGGAUAGGAUAUUAAAGCUCAUUUUUUCCCCUCUCUUCUCCUCCUCAUGAUGUACAAAGUUUGCUUAGGCUGUCACGAUUCUUUGAUCAGAGAGUGAUAAUGGUGAGUGGUUGAUCAACUGUGCAUACACGGAGCUCUUACUGUACCAAUGUAGUUUUCCUCUAUCUCCACCGAAAUUUCUUAUUCUUCAUCCGCGGCUCUAAAAAAAUAUACUUAUAUAGUACUACAAUGGAAAUGGCUUUUGUA